AUGACUGAAACAAAUACUUGUUUGGGAUGCAACAGUGAAGGCAUACACACAUGUGCUGGCUGUCAAGGUCACUUUUGUACGCGGGAUUUAACAAUCCAUCGAAUGACUUUGGUUGAAAAACUCGAUGCUGUUCGACAAGACCGAAAUAGACUUCAUCAACAAGUGAUACAAGCAAAUCAAUCAAAUGUCAUUCAUCAAUCUCUUUUGUCUGAAAUUAAAAAAUGGUAUGAUACUACAGUUGAGAAAGUUCGCCAGGCAGCAUUGAAAGUACGUGAUGAAAUGAAUCAAUUAUUACGACAAAAUAUGGAGAACAUCAAGAAUGAACUUAUAGAGAUGGCCAAGCAAUUUCCCCCGAACAUAAAUGCUGAUACAAUUUUGGAAGGUAACAUUGAACAAUUAAGAGAAAAAGUAAACCAACUUCGAUCCAAUUUCGAAAAAGCAACUAAUUUAUCAUCUAUUAUGAUCAAUGUAGAACAAACCAAUCAUAUAGAUUGGAAUCAUGUAAUUUAUGUCGAAGACAAAUCCAAUCAAAAUAAGGUUCGCUUUCCAUGUUUGUCAGCCAAUAUAAAUUGUCCGUGGAAAGGACAAAAAGAUCAAUUAGAACAUCAUCUGGCUAUAUGCGCAUUUCAACCUUUGCGAUUGGAAAUCGAUGAACUCAAAGCUAUAAAUGCACAACUAAUUGAAGAAAAUAAUGAAUGCAAAGAUAGAAUUGGUCGAAGAGACGCUAAAAUUGAAAAAUUGAAAGAUAAACGAAAAAAAGACAAAGAUUAUAUCAAAACACUUCAAGAUCAAAUUGAAGCACGAUUUAGUGAAAUUAGAACACUUCAAUAUCAAGUUCAAACACAAGGAAGACAAAUUACAAAACAGAGAACUGAAAUCGAACAAAAAGAAAAUCAAAUUAGAACGCAAAGAACUGAAAUCGAACAGAAAGAGAAUCAAAUUGAAGAACAACAACAUACAAUUCAACUGCAGCCAAUACGAAAUUCAAACCCUAAAUCUAACAGCGCAAAUCAAGCAGCAGGUAACCAACUUAUUUUCUGUUAUGGUCAAGUUAUCAAAGAACACAGAAAAGUUAAUUCUCUUUGUAUAACGUGA